CAGCUCGCCAAUGUUGCUGUCAUGCAGCCAACAUACGGCGGUGGCAGCGCCAUCAGCGGCAGCGGUAGCAUCGGCGGUUGCCACAACGGUAACAACAACGGCAGCGGCGGCGGCAACAUUUGCAAUCAGCAGAUCAACAACUACAGCAAUAACAACGGCGGCAGCAGCAGCAGCAACAGCAAUCAUAUGAGUGCAGCCAGUUUCUUCGGCGGCAACAGCAGCAGCAGCAACCAUACCAGCAAUAGCAACAGCAACAGCAAUACCGAUUAUAUGGCCACGCCGACUACCGCUUAUGCGACACCAGCGACAGCAGCAACAUCCACAGUGAACACCACGACGAUGCUGUCUAAUUACUGCGAUGCCGCGACCAUGAUGAUGGCCGCUGCUGCAGUCAAUGCAAAUCAAUGCCUGCAGCAACAUCACCAGCGCAUGUUGCUGGCGGGCAGCAGCAACAGCAAUAGCAACAGCAAUGGCACAGCAGCAAUACCCUCCUCGUCCUCGGCUGGCUCACUGUCGUCUGCCUCAUCGACGCCAACAGCAACAGCAACUGCAACAGCCCCGCAGCAACAUCAACAGCAGCAGCAGCAACAGCAACAAUCGCCGCCAAAUUUAAUCGAUAUCAGCGAAGUUCCUCUCAUUGUGGAUGUCAAGUAGUGUAAUUAUUUAUGCAUCUAGAAAUGGGGCUAUAAAACAACCUUGUAGAUACCCCGCACCCGCCCCAAAAAAACACCGAAAAACCCAAAAAAAAAAUGUUCAUUGAAAAAAUGUAAAAAAAAAGAGGGAGGAGCCGCGUAGCUUAAUUGAAUAAUUUUCCAUUUGUAGCUUUUGUUGUAACUUUGUACAUAAUUCUCAGAAAAAUUCAAAUUUUUCUCUAGGCCGCCCCAGCUGUGUGCAACGAAUCUCAGCUGACAUAUCCCAGAGAACUUCAAAAGUUAAACCCAAAAAUAAAUAGGACGUCCCAUAACGUCUUUAUAUAUGAAUGUGUAUAAUAAUUAAAUGGCACUGAGUUCUACUUAAUUUUUAAACCACAAAAAUGUACGAAAAUUUAGGAAAGAAAGAAAACAGCGUGGAAAGAGAAAUCUCCUUAACCCUUUCAAAAGACAAAACAUAAAGAUAGUUAAAAUAUUUAUAUAUGUAAUGUAGCAUAUACACGUAUAUAUACAUAUAUGAAUAUAUAUAAAUGAAACUCUACUCCCAGUGGUUUGCAGAAAUAUACCAAAAAUUUUAAGCUAUGUUUACUUGAUGUGUGGCAAUUUUUUAUGUGUGCUUUAGCAAUUUUAUUUUUACUUUAAGUAAAAUUUAAAAUUAAAUUCGAUUCCCGACUGGUUUUUCUCCCUGGGGUGCAUCUCAAAGAUGUCCCGCGGUGGGAAGUCCGAUUCGUUGGAAUUUGAAUCCAAAAUUUAGCGAAUUUUUUAUUUAGUAAUCAUUACGAGUAAAAACACAAAUGUUCAGUGCAAGUUUCAGUUCUUAAACGAUUUUUUCGUAAGCCUAAGCAUUAUCUUAUUUAUGUGUAUAGAGUAUGAAAAGUUUUCUAUAUUUUGUAAUAAUAAAAAUUUGCGUUUAUAAUGAACCCCCUAUUGUGUUUGAUUUUUCAGUUCGGUAUUUUUUUCUAUAGGUAAGAAGCAACUGCAGCCAAACUGUAAAUAAGAAAAAUGCUCAAAAAGAUUUCCCCUUUUGUUGGGAAAAAUAUGCGUGUUAAAUAAUCAUUACCAGUAAACAAAGAAUAAAUCGAAAUAAAUCGUAUGUAAAUACAAAUUAAGUCUAAAUAAAUAUAACAACAAUUCGAUUGCUUAUUGAAUCCAUCACGUAAACGCGUGUAAAUACAGUUUUAAGAGUGAUUUCAAUGUUUUUAAUAAAGUAAUCUGAUAACAAA